CAUGCACUGGACGCCUUGGGUCGUGACCUGCCUUCCGGUCCUCGCAGCCGCGGCGAGCAGUCGUGCUGGCCUUUGCGACUCGGCGACGUUCCAGCGCCUCCCGCUGAGGCCGCUCGGCGAUGGCGCCGUCCGCUUCAAGAGCCUCGCCAGCGCCACCGACGUCUGCUUUCAAGUCGCACUGGACGACGCCCAGGCAACCUGGCUCGGCCUCGCAGUUUCGCCGACAGCAGCCAUGGUCAACGAUCCGACCAACGCGGCCGUCAUCUUCAACGCUCAAGCUGGCGACGUCGGUGUCUACUCGCUCGGCGGCUACGAGCCCGAGUUUCUCACGCGGCAAUCCUCGAAUGCAGCGGUUCGCGUGCACUCGCACGCACGCGUGAAUGGCACACUGCAAGUGACGUUCCAGCGGCCGCUUGUCGUCGCAGGCGACGUGCGCAUCGAUCUCGAUCGUCCGACGAUCCUCAACUGGGCGUACGGCCAUGACGCGUGGCCAUCGUACCAUCAGGACCGCGGCUCGGCCAGCGUCCGCAUCGACACGGUCAUCGAGGCACCGAGUCUAUGCGCGUCGCCGACGUUUGCAGCGCUCCCGCUACUCACUCUCGGCGAGAGCCCGAUCCAGUACAAGACCCUCGCCAACGACGAGCGCAUCUGCAUCCACGCCGAGCUGCACGAUCCACAGGCGACGUGGCUGGGCCUUGCGGUCUCCAACUCGACCAACAUGGUCAACGACCCGUUCAACAACGCAGUGGUGUUUGACGGCAAGAACGCACCCACCGCAUAUGCACUCACCGGCUUUGAUCCGGAGUUCAUGCUGCGCCUGGUCGACCAGUCGCAUCUUCGCAUCUUUGCCGCAUCGUCCGUCAACGGCGUCAUGCAGCUCACGUACGAGCGGUCGCUGGCGGCCGUAGCGUCGUCGGACGUGGCCAUUGAUGUGACGCGACCGGAUACGAUCCUCAACUGGGCGUACGGUCACGAUGCCUGGCCGUCGUACCAUCAGGACCGGGGCAGCGCGCGCGUUGCCCUCGCGCGCAGCGUUGUUGGCUCAACCUCGCUCUGUGCGUCCAAGUGGUUCCAGCACGGCCGGAAAUUGCAGCCGCUGGACCCAAGUGGACGACUGCAGAUCAAGCACCUCGUCUACGACGGCCAAGCGUGCAUCCAGCUCGUGCUCUCGGACGCCAAGGCCACGUGGCUCGGGCUCUCGCUGGCGCCCAACGCGCAGAUGGUCAACAAUCCUGUCAACAACGCCGUUGUGUUUGACUUUACACAGCCCACGCCAUCGUUGUUUGCACUCACGGGCUACGAGCCCGACGACAUUCUGCCGCUCGCAACAACCGCGGCCUCGUUCGAUCUCUACUCGGCCUCGAUUGCAAAUGGCACGGCGCAGUUUACGUUUCAACGGCGGCUCGCGGCGUCCAUCGCCACCGACGUCGCUAUUGCACCCGAUGCUGACGUCAUUGUGAACUGGGCGUAUGGCCAUGACGCGUGGCCGUCCUACCAUCACGACCGUGGCUCGUCGCUCCUCACGUUUCAGUCGCUUCAGCUCACGUCGUCGGCAUCGCCCUCGGCUGUCUCGACGUCGACACUCUACAUUGUCCUGACGCUUGUGGUGUGGCUCGUCUUCUUGGGUCUCGUCGCCACUCACGUGUUUGCGUACCCGCUGCGUCGGUGGCUCAAUGCCACCUUUGUCGCACCGCCGCGCUUCCAGCGUACUGUCAGCUUUUUCCAGACGUGGUUUCUGCAACCGCUGAGCGAUCUCAAGGUUGGCGAGGCCAUCGUGCUCUUGCACUAUCUCGGGUGCCUUGGCCUCGUGGCCGCGGCGGUCGCGGCGUCCUUUGAUUCCUCGCGCGCGUGGUCGCUGGUGUCGGGCCACCUCGCGCUCGUGCAUUUGAUGCUCUUGCUGCUUCCCGUCGCGCGCGGCUUGCACUGGGAAGUGCUUGUCUUUGGCUCGUCGUUUGAGCGUGUGCUCAAGUUUCACCGCGUCCUUGGUCGUCUCUUUGUGGUCUUCGCCGCGUGGCACCUCUACCUCAACGCGCAGCGCAUCAGCGUCCUCUCGGUGGUGAGCUACGGCAGCCAAGGCGUCGUGCCUCUCUACGGCUUUGGUGCGUUCGUCUGCUUUGCCGUGCUCGGUCUCUUUGCUGUACCGUUCGUGCGCCGGAAUCAUUUCGAGCUCUUCUACUACGUCCAUCGGGUUGCGGCCGCUUGUGGCAUUGUGCUUGCGUGCCUCCACGCAAGAACCGUGUGGCUCUCACUUGUCUUGCCGCUGACGCUGUACGUUGGCAGCUACCUCUGGCGGCUUCGCUCGCAUUGGAACCGGUUCCGCGUUGUCUUGAGUAGCCAUGCAGAGAAGACGGUCACGAUCGUGCUCCCGUCGACGCCCCAAACCCAGGUGUGGGCCCGAGCGAUGCCGCUCGGUGCGUACUUUUGGGUGGCCAUCCCGUCGAUUUCGUGGCUGCAGUGGCAUCCGUUCUCGGCCAUGGCCACUAUCGAUGCCUCUGGCGCGCCAACCAUCGGCUUUGUCAUCAAGGCGACGACUGACGGUAGUUUUGUGGAUGCCGUCUAUACGUCGCUUGUUGGACUCGAGACCACGGUCGUUGUCGGUGGACCGUACGGCAACCUCUCGAUCGACCUCGACGAGUACGACACGGUGCUGCUCAUCGCCGGUGGCAUCGGUGUCACGCCGUUGCUGCACAUUCUCAACCAGCAGGAGAAAGCCGCCAAGGCGACGACGACGACACUGCACUGGAUCGUCCGCACCCCGUCCGAGUUUCUCGCCCCAUCGGUGUUUUUGCCACCGACCACGGACAACCUCCGUCUGUACGCAGACGAAGUGACCGAACAUGGUCGCGUACUUUUGUCGGACGAGCGGUCGCUCUCGUACGCCUUUGGUCGACCUCGCAUCGACGAUCUCCUCAAGCCGUAUGCAGGCACCAAGACGUGUGUCCUCGUGUGCGGCCCACCGGGCUUGGCAGCGCAUGUGCAAGCCCAAGCAUACGCCUACGGGCUUGAUUUACACAAGGAAACCUUUCUCUUGUAAUAAAACGUAUACACUAGUUCUCUGC